GUGUUGUUGGUGGUGACGCUGACAAAUAUUUUUGUUCUGGCCGUGAAUCUGUACGAAGUGGCGGCGCUACCCUCGCUGCUUCGCGAGCCAUCGUGUAUAUUAUUUAAUUGAGGUUCCCAGCACACAGCGAUUAUGUCGGUGAAUAUGGAUGAGCUACGGCAUCAAGUGAUGAUUAAUCAGUUCGUGUUGACGGCCGGGUGCGCGGCGGACCAGGCGAAACAGCUCUUACAGGCGGCCCACUGGCAGUUCGAGACAGCCUUAAGUUCAUUUUUUCAAGAAGCCAACGUGCCCAGCCAUCACCAUCAAAUGAUGUGCACCCCCCGAAACACGCCAGCCACGCCACCCAACUUCCCGGAUGCCAUCACCAUGUUUUCCAAAUUGCGCGCCUCCGACGGCAUGCACAGCAGCAACAGUCCGAUUCCUGCCUCGUCAGCGUGCUCCCCACCGGGCAGCUUCAGCUCCUUCUGGACGGCGUCUCCACCCAACCAGCAGCCCAUCUGGCUCCCCCCGUCGUCGCCCACCAGCCAUCACCUUCACACGCAGCAUCACCGCCAGACUCCCAUGUGGCCCCCCGCCUCCCAGUCCGGCAGCGCUCAGCAGAAACCGGUGACAGUCAUCAGCGGCCAAAGAUGAGACUGGCGGGCGGGCGGGCGGACGGAGCGUUGGCGCCCCUGGCUGUUUCUCCGUUUUGUGUCCUUUUUUUUUUUUUUUUCAUUUAACAGUCUGGAGGCCAUCGUGAAACUGGGAGUAGACCACUUAAUGGGUUGGAUUGCAAACACUGGACAAGCAGAAGUUCCACUGGCCUCUUUCACUUAUUUUUAUUUUUUAUUUGCUUAAGUCAAGCACGCCCUCCUCCUCCUCUUCCUCGUCUUCAUCCUCCUUCCUCCUCCUCCUCCAAACAGACACACAUUUCGAAGCGAGUCGGCCUCAUGGGAGAGGCGGAUUCUUGGAGCCCGAGACGCAGCCGAGUGAGUCGGAUGCCAGUUCCCCGUUCGCUUGCUUUAUGGUUUGUUUUUUUUUCCUCUUCUACCUCGGGCAGUGGUGGGCGCUCUAACCCCCCCAAGAGAUUCUUUGAUUUUUUUUUUCUUUGUUUUUGGACAGUUUAUGGAGCGCCAGGCUUCUGUCAACCACAAAGAAAUAAGCACACCAUUUAGGCGAGCCCACCGGGGGUCUUCUACUUGGCUUCACGUGUUUCAGUGGCAAUAAUAAAAAAAAAACAAAACCAACCCAAAUAACCUUGCAGCAGUCGGACGGCACUUUUCAGGGAUUACUGCCAUCUCUCGGCCGACCUUUUUAACUUUCAUAUUUUUAUAUAUAUCUAUUUUUUUCUUUCUAUUUAUUGUUCGGUGUGUACUUAUGGAGAAGAAGCAUGGCAUCACCGGCGGAGAUCGGACCACUCGAAUGUUUUGAGGUUUUUCUUUUUAAAUACUAAAUGUACUCCGAAACGGGGAGGCUGAACACUGCACCAGCUUUCCAAUGGGAGGUGACAGGGCGCUAUAUUUGAAGGCUGAUGGGCCCCCCAGGGGGGCUGCAACAGCUUCAGCUUUAUAGCGCCUUGACCCAUCAUGGAGACUGCAUGAUCAGAACGGACCUCACGUGGCAACACACGUGUAAUAAAUUUAGUUGCAAUAAAACUCUGGGCUGCACCUUCAGACUGAUGCCAGCCCUUUUAAAAAAAAAAAAAAUCUUACGACAUGUUGAUUGAGUUUUUUUCUGGGAUUGCGCCCACAUCUUUUCUUUCAGUUGAUCAGCCACUAAAGGUAAGGAGGAUGCGCCAUCCUUGGAAAUAAGAGUCGUCUCGAAGUUUAAUGAACUCUUCCCAGUGCUGGGACUUGAUGGCUUUUUUUUUUUUGUUUUUGUUAUUUUCCACACUUCUCAUCAUAAACUGAAAGUUAUCAGCAAUAACGAGGCCUCUGGCACACGCCAUCUCUUUUGGAUUUUUCGCUUUCUUUUGUUUUGGAACUCACUUCUGUUCUGUGGGAUUUCGUUUUAUUUUUUGCUGUAAUACCCGCCAUGGCCACCAAGGGGCAGCAAUACGGUGACUGAUGGGAGGAGACGCGGCCCCCGAGUGAGGUGUGCUGAUUGGGAGAUGGAAUGCUCUUUUCUUAGGUGUCGCACACAGCAUUGUGGGAUAGCAUAGUGUCGGGUUACCCACUCAAGACAGAUGGCAGGUGAGCAUCAUGACGGAGGGCCUCGUCGACCUUUAAGUACUGGUGCUCCGUGGACGCGGCACGGCUUUGUACCUUUUUUUUUUUUUUUGGUAACCCGACACUUGUUUCUUUUUCUUCUUCAUCAUGUUUUUGUAUUUAAAGUGUUUCGUACGAUACGGACCGUGUCCCAUCCGAAGCCAAAACUGAACUCUGUAAAUAAUACAGUAUGUGUACCCCCGCCUCCUCCUCACACUCUUCUUGGUUGGAAAUUGUAUUUAUAUAUUUAAAAACAAAAAUAUUAUUUGCUACCUUC